AUGUCUGCGGACGCCAAUGGUGGCUCCGAUUCGCGGGAUAUAAACCAGGCAUCAUCAGGAGUACCUUCACUUCCUCCACUGCGAUCAAUCACAAACGGCACCCGCCGGUCGGCAGCACUGGCAGCAUUUCAGACGCACACGGGUUCGAGGCAUGGAAGGUGGCGGGCCGAGCGGCUUAUUGAACGACACAUGACUCGGGACGGUAUCUCGGACAGUGAUAUGCGACGAACAAGAGCAUCACAAAACGCAAGAGACUAUCAGCAUCUGCAGACCAUGCGAGCACUGCACGAUACAAUGGACGACACAAACAAUGAGCUGCGAGCUCUUCUGGACUUUGCACAACCAUCACCGCAUACUUACUCUGAACAACUAUCAUUUCCUUCUCCGCCACUUCAGACUCAGGAGUUGAGCGACGACAACCCCCGUGCCAAGCGGCGAAAGCUAGAUUCGGAUUGCCUUUCCAGUGGAUUUAAGGGAUUUCGUUAUGGCAAAUAUGGGCAGGUCGAACCUGGGGCUCUGACCAUGGAGAUAGUGAGCUGCGAUGGGGGCAUUUACUCGGACGACAGUCAUAUUUAUUCCGCCGAAAAUAUUCUUAAAAAUGACGCCUCCGUCUACUGCACCAAAGGGCCCCGAUGCAAUAUUGUCUUGAGGCAUCAAGGCUCUACCGUGUUCACUCUGAAAGAAUUGGUCAUCAAGGCUCCUAGGCACAACUUUUCUUCGCCGGUUCGAGAAGGCAUGGUUUUUGUUUCCAUGAAUGCAGAUCUUUUGGCGCGCACAGCUCGAUAUCAGAUAUCCUACUCACGAGCUACGGGCUCCCGCCGUACAGAUCGAGAUGACCAGCCUUCGGUGCCAAUUUUGUCAAGUCGCAAUACCGAAGCAGGUACCAGUGUCUCGAGGAUGCGGGCUCGCAGACUCGGGAACAUUGGCAUGGACGGCAUGGAAGACGGCGACGAGAAUGAGUACAGGAGCGCACAAAUACCACCCGAAUUUACCGCAUCACCGCCACCGUUUCAUGUGACUACAGUCUGCAGCGACGACGAGGACGAUCCGAGCAUGAGACCAUUUUGGCAGCAAGCACCGAAUAGGAUUGGCGCUUUGCCAUUCGAGAGCGAAGACAGCGGACUAGAUGAUUCAGAUACAAUGCCAUCCCGCGAUCAUGGACUGCGUCGCCGGCGCUACAAUCUCUUGGGCUCGACAGAAGUAGAGACAGCACAGGAUUCAGCGGGUGGCCCCUCGUCGGCUGGCGAAGGUGAUUUAAUGGCCGCGCACGCAAGAUUCUUCAUUGAACCAGACAAGAGCAAAUGUACCAUCAAGUUCGACCCACCAGUAUCGGGCAGGUUCAUUCUACUGAAAAUGUGGAGUCCUCAUCCGGAUUCGACAUCUAAUAUCGACAUACAGGCAGUGGUUGCCAGUGGGUUCGCGGGGCCGCGAUACUUUCCAGCCGUCGAAGUACGAUGA